UUGUUAUUUUUAUUUUGUUUUUUAGGUUAUACUAGGAAUUUUGGAAUUUUUUCAAAUGAAUUAUUAUGUGCUGAAUCAAAAAAGAUUAUAAAUUAUAACUAUGAUUAUAAUGGGUACUUCCAAAAUUUGCCGUUUCUGUUUGCGCGAGGAAAAAAACGAUACAAACAAUGAAAUUAUAGAUAUUUUCGAUUGCACUCUGGACAUUUUAUAUGAGAAAAUAUCUCAUUGUACAGGGAUUUGUCUUUCCCCUGAAGAUCCCAUACCAUCACUGAUCUGUAAAAGUUGUAUUGACAUCAUAAAUCAAUUCACUAACUUCAUGGAAACCAUCAAAAGCUCAGAAAAAGUUUUGCAGCAAUUAUAUGUUCACAAAUAUCCACCUGAACCAAAAUCAGAGAUUGCUAAAAAAGAAGAAAUAGCUACACAAGAAGAGUUUGUCUCAUGUGAUUCUGACUCCAGUAUAAAUGAUUUUGAAAUCAACACUGAUGACCAAAAUACUACUAGUCCUGCUUCCAUAAGCCCUCAAAAUGAUGGAGAUACUUUGUUUUUUUCUGGAGGAAAGAAGCUCAGUAUAUGUGAAUUGGAUGAAACUAUGAGAAAACAAAUGGAAGGAAAUUCAUAUACAUGUGACAUUUGUUCUAAAGUCUUUGAUUCAUUUUUUGAAUAUCAGGACCAUCAGCAUUCCCACAAUGGGCACUUUGUUUUUUGUUGCUCUAAAUGUGACCAGACUUUUUCUAGUAGAAAUGAUUUGGUUGAACAUGAGAGAAAUCAUAAAGUAUCAUGUGAAACAUGUAAUAGUCAAGUUCUGACUAAAAGUUUGGAAGCUCAUAUGAAAAAACACACUGAUAAACAUAAAUGUACUGAAUGUGAUUCAAGACAUACUUCCAAGGCUUCAAUGGAAAAACAUUACAAGGCACGUCAUACUGAUAUCAAAGGAUAUGUCUGCCACAUUUGUGGAAAACAAAACAGUUGUCAGUCUUCAAUGAAACGCCAUAUUGCCUCUCACUUCUCAGACAGACCACACCAAUGUAAAAGCUGUACUUUCUCUGCCAAAUCCAAAACAGUUUUGAAAGUACAUGAAUCAAGAAAACACAGUAACCAAAAAUGUGUGUGUGAAGUUUGUGAGAAAGUAUUCAAAUCCACACUGAGCUUACUACAACACAAGAAACGUAUUCACAACCCAAAAAAACACCAGUGCCAUGUCUGUGACAAAGCUUUUACUGAAAAAUACAAUUUGAGCCAACAUCUUUCAAGGAAACAUUUGAAGCAAAGAAUUCAUGAAUGUGGGGAGUGUAAUAAGGAGUUUGCCACAGUGAGACAACUCAGAGAACACAAAUUUGAACACAGAAAAGGGCAUAAAGUGAGUUGUCUACCAAAAUCAACUCAUAGUGAACUUCAAAAGUCUGAUGUAAAAAGUGUCACAUCAAUGCCAAAUACCAGUAUCCAACUUAAUAAAGAUUGAUGAAAAAUAUAGAAUUCUUCAUUUUUCACUAGAACUUGAAAAUAAUAAAAGUAGAAUUUAUGCACAACCCAAAACCUUACUUGAGAAUAUGAAAAUAUGGUUGGUUUAUUUUAAGGAAGUGUAUAGACUGCCUAUACCCUUUGCUUAGGAUGCCGACCAGUACACAAAAAUUAUCAAUUUUGAGGGAGAAAAAACAUGAUUUAAAAAAAAACUUCUGAAAAAAUGAUAUAUACUCAUACUCACACAAACACACUAACCUAUUGGUGGAACAAAAACCUGAUCAAAAAAAUCUUGUGAACUAACAAUGGAGGAAGGAAAAACUAGAUUAGAAAACAAUAAAAUAUAAAAUGAAAGUGAUGUAGGUGUACUCAACCCAAACAGACUAACUGUUUAGUGAAACAAAAAUCUGACAAGCCAAUGUCUAACCACUAAUAAACUACUAACCAUCUUGGAUCUCUUUGUUAUACAGAAAGAAUGUAUUCCACUAAAUGGUCGGCAGUUUACAGAAACAGUAUAGACUGCCGACCAGUCAGCAUACUAUACUUUUUUUGGGUUGCCGACCGAUUUUAUACAGAAAGAAUGUAUUCCACUGAAUCGUCUGCAGUCUAGAGAAAAAGUAUAGUUUGCUGACUAGUUGGCAGCCACACUUUCUUAUUUGAAAUUGCUGCUCAGAAUAAACCUACCAUACCUCCUAAAUCAUAAAUCAGGAUUAAAUGUCAUUACUUAUUUUAUGAAAGUGGAUGAGGAAGAGGACUGAACUAAAUAUUUCUGGGUUCAUAUUUUAAAACUACUUAUGAUGAUAUAAAGUACAAUAUACAGUGCAAUAUGUAUAAAAAAUAAUUGAAAUAUGAUCAAAAGUUUAAAACUAUAUGAAAAAUUGACCAUACUUGAACUGUGGAAGAAUAGUUGACCACAUGGGGAAGACUUGUAUUUUCCACUCUCCUAAUAUAGGUACUAAUGAAAAUAACAUUACACAUUAUUUGUGUAAAUAUGAAGAAACUCCAGAACAGUAAUAAUUGCAGUUUCUAACUGCUGUGUGUUAUUAUUAUCUAGCAUUAUGUCCCAAGCAUUAAAAUCAUCUAGAUCACAUUCUGAAGGUGCAUCAUCAACAUCUAAAAAUUGAGCAUAUACUAUUUCUUUCAUAUGAACUAUUUUCAUUUGAUUGUACCUUUUGUGAAUUUCCAUCCUCUAUUUUUCCUUGUAUCAAGAUCAGCUGAGAUUCUAACAGUUUUUGUAAUGCCUCUGUAUGUUUCUUUAAACCAUUCAAUAUCAGAUUUUCUUCUAAUGUCACUAACAAUCCAAACUGGUGUCACUGUUGCUGAAAUUAGUACUUACACUUGAUUUAUCAUUAUAUCAUUUUUAUUAUUGAGGUCUCUUUCAUAACUUACCUUCAGCACAAGCUGCUCUACAAAAAUAUCCAUUAUCUUUAUCUCUUUCACCUUCACUCCAUUUUAUCAUAUUCAGUCUAUGUUUUUCUUUGUAAGGACUAUCACUCAUCAGCUCAAGCAAAUCAAGCUUGUGUAAACUGGCAUAUAGCCCCUUCAAUGGGCCUGAUAUUCUAAUAAUUGAACAUAUGUUUUCUCCUAAC